UCAGUCAUUAAACAUUCCUGUGCUUGCAGAAUUGUUAGAGAAUUGUCAGACUAUGGUAUAUAAUUAACCCUCAUAAAGCAAACCCAUUUCUAAGCUAAACUGUGUGCUUGUAUGGAGCCUUCCAUCCUGUGGUUAAAUCUGUAGUUCCCUUUUUCAAUGCAUGCUUGUCUAACUUAUCAUCUGCCAUCAUUUCUGAAGUACCUAUCACAUUUGUACUUGAAAGACAGUCUAUAAAAGAAACCCACAGCGAGGUGACCCAGAGGACGUUUGAACAAAUGGAGCAGACUCUUCACAGAGUUUUUGAGCCUUGCAGGUAUCAGCCUCUUUAAUAUGGUGACAGGUCCAUGACAUGGCCGUUCUCAUAUACCAUUUAAAGAUUAUGGCCAGCGCAGUUAAAGUUUUUCUGAUCCUCCUUUGGACAGCAAACUUCAUUCAGCCAAACAUAACUCAGGCUGCAGGAGUUCAGGUUUUCCCACCUGUUAACUUCACCCUUACAGUCUCUGCAUUAGCACAAGUACUUUUACAGUGGAAACCAAACCCUAAUCAAGAACAAAAAAACUACACUAUUAGAUAUGAUGUGAAAAUCCUAAGCCCUGUGCCUGAAGAGUAUGAUACAGAGAAGACUCACAGUAUCCAAACAGCUGCACUUCACAAUGGUUUCUCGGCACAUGUUCGGACGUUACUUCUCCAUAAUGACCUUCAGAUAAGAAGUGACUGGGUGAAGGAAAAACUCCCACCUCCACCAGGUGCUCCAGAGACAUCUGUCACCAAUUUGUCCUGUGUUACUCGCAUCAGCAUUUCUAGUACUGUUUCUCUCCAUUGCACUUGGCUUCCUGGCCAAGAGGCACCAGAAGAUACCAAGUACUUCCUAUUUUACAGGUAUGAGAUGUACACUGAAGAGUGUCAAGAUUAUAUCAAAGACAAGUGGAACAGAAAUACCGAGUGCAGAUUUUCAGUGACUCAUAUUGAUCCUGAAGAGGUUGACAAUCUCAUUGUAAUACACAUUAAUGGGUCUAGCAAGUAUGCUGCAAUCAAGCCUUUUCAGCGGUUGUUUAACCAAAAUGCUAUUGAGAAAGUGAAUGUUCCCAGAAAUGUCACUGUAUUCUUAGAGCAAAAUGAUCUCCUGGUCACAUGGGAGAAGCCAAUUUCUCCUUUCCCUAAAGAAUGCUUUGAAUACGAAUUUUACCUCUUCAACUUGAAGUCAGGUAACAAGCAGAUAUUGAAAAUACCCACAAAUGACUUCAGAUUACGGAUUGAUGUUACCAGCAGGUAUUCCAUACAAAUAAGAGCUAACCAUCACAUAUGUUGUACAAGAGGGUUUUGGAGUGAUUGGAGUGAAAUUAUUUAUGUUGGGCAAAACAAACUGGAGAAUUCCACAGUCUGGAUCCUCUCUGUGCUUUGUGUGUCCACAUGCUGCAUGUUCCUGCUUGUUGCUGUAAUGUGCAAAACAAACCACAUAAGGAGUAAACUGUUUCCACCAAUUCCAACACCCAGCAACAAAUUCAGAGACCCCUUCCCAAAUAACUACGAGAGAGCACGUACCUGCACCAGUGAGACAGAGACCGAAUUUGGCAGCUUUGCUGAAGAUCUUUAUUGCAGCGCCCUCGACGACUCUGUCUUCUGAGAUACUGCAAGGCCAGUGAGGCUGGUGGCCUUGGCACGUCACUGGAGCAGGCUUCACGUCACCUCCGCUGCAGUGAUGUUUCCAGAGGAGCAGGAGGACUUGCUUCCACAAGGUGCCUUGUGUAAUGAUCAGCUACUCAACAAAAAGUCCCAGUUUGUACAGUUUGCACGACAAAGUGGGCAUUUUUAAUAUCUUGGUUUCCCUGGAGCUUAAACAUCCCCAUCUUUUGGCUGUGUGAAGCUGGUGGGUGCUGCGAGACCCUGAC